AUGCAAGAUUUAGGGAUUUGUUUUGGCAACAGUCUUCCAUUGCUUGAGCACCUGAUAAGAUCAACAUCCAGCGUUAACCCAAUCAAAUGGUCGAAGAUGUUCGUCAAACCAGUCGUCGAUCUACGAGAGUUUAUUCAACAAGAAAUUUGCUACACACGAUGCCAAGGAGGAUGUGAUGGCGCUUCGAAGAAUUUAGUUUUCCUCACCGAUCAAUCUGCCCGAGCAGGUUAUCA